AUGCAUUCAGCCUCUACAGGAACUCCUUCCAUCCAAAGUGAAGACCUCCCAACUAUGUAUUCGUCCAAAUUCACGGAAGCAUCUGCUCCAAUGAAGGCGUCGCGUCUCAUAUAUAUGAAAGUCGUAGCUGCUGGAACACUGGCUGUGACCGUCGCGAUGUUUCGCUUUUUUUCAAUAUAUUGGGGCGCUUUGUGGAAGAUUUCAGCACAUAAUUUACAAGGAUGGGUUCUGGACUUUGAUAGGUCAACAGUGGGAAAUGCGGUCGUUCAAGGUCUCUUGUCUUCAUCAUCUAAAGUUUCUUGGAUGGAACGGCCGUCGAGUGAUUUUUCCGGCGGCGCAGCAGAGGUCGCCAAUCUAGUCGUCAAUCAGAAGACAUGGAUCGCCGUUGUUGUCAACUCAAACGCCACGACAGCUUUACAAUCAGCGGUGUCAACGGCAAAUUCCUCGUAUGACGGCUCAGAAGCCAUUACAGUCUACGCUAUCGAGGCACGGAACGAGAAUGCCUAUCGCGCUUUCAUCCACCCAUCUGUACAGACUUCGCUUGCUGCCAUUACUCAGAACUUUUCCCAAUCUUUUCUUCAAAAAGUCGCGUCGUCAUCGUCCGACACUCUGGUUUCAAUAUCCACUACUGCGCCACAGGUCUUGACGGAGCCUAUCAGCUACACCCUCAACAACCUGCGUCCUUUUGACGUCCCAGUAGCCAGUGCUGUCACCUUUGUCGGUCUUAUUUACGUGCUCGUGCUUCAUUGUGGUAUUCUGGCCUUUCAAGUAGACUUCUCCACAGUGUUGGGACAUUCUGGAUUCCUCGUAUUCUGGAUGGCUAAUUACGUUGGAAUGUUGGCUGUGGGACUGGCGCUCGAGGCGAUGGUGACGCUCAUGACGCUGAGAUUCGUGCCGUUCUUCAUGAUAUUUUGGAUUAUUGUCAAUGUCUCGGUGUGCUUCCUGCCCAUCGAUGUUCUCCCGCAUAUAUAUCGCUACGGAUAUGCGUUUCCCUUCUACAACCUCUCCUGCGCUGUGAGGACUAUCAUCUUCGGGACCAAGAAUGAACUUGGCAUGAAUUUCGGCGUUCUAAUAGCAUGGGUCGCAGUUUCCAUGUUUAUGCUCCCACCGUUUCAGUGGUUUAUGCGACGAAAGUCUGUGGCGGAGUCACUGCGAAGACAGGCAACGACGGAGAAAGUAUAG